CUUAGCUCCUCCUGUAAUUCUAGUAGGUUGUUCUGCUAGAGUUUGGUUUGAAUUCCUUCUUAUGUAUGUUAUUGUUUUGCUUCCGUGUCGCACUUAUGGUUACGUCACGCUCACGUGACGGCCAGCACGCCUGGAUCCUCCGGAUCGAGGUGUGUUAGUUUGGUAUCAGAGACUAGGUUGCAGUCAUGUAUAAUUGUUAAUGCUUUAAUGAUCUUUUGAUGUUUUCUGUCAGAAUUAUGCCGCCUCGUAGAGAGCGUAGGGAGUCCCGCCGUACUCCUGAUCCUAAUUUCCCGAAUAUCAUUCAGUUGGGGGAAGCAAUGGCUCAGGCUUUUCAGAAUGUGAUUCGUCCUCCUCCCCCACCUCAGAGGACACCCCUGGAGACCAUGUACAAUUUGAAAUUAGAUCAUUUUAUGGGUGAUGAAGGUCACGAGGGGGCAGAGAAAUGGCUAGAUCAUAUUGAAAAGACGUUUCAGGUAAUGCAAAGUCAGGGGAAUUUUCCGGCUGAUAGGUGGGUUGAGACCACUACCUGGUUUUUGGGUCGAGAGCCGGCAAGUUGGUGGAGGAAUCAGACUCAGUUUAUGUCCCCAGCUAUGACAUCUGAUUGGGAGGUAUUUAAAGAUAAUUUUAAGAAAAGAUUUGUCCCCCCAGAGUAUAUUGACCGCAAGAAACAAGAAUUUACUCGGUUGAAACAGAAGAAUAUGACAGCUCAUGAGUACUACAGAAUGUUUACUGAUUUGUCUCGCUAUGACCCUGAUACAGCUAGUAAUCAGGGAGAGAUACUUCGACGUUUCAAGUUGGGAUCUAAGAAAAAGUGGCGUACCUUUGCCAGUGCACUUUCCUGCGCUGAUUACCAUGAGUUUUUCGAGAUUUUGGUUAGGAUGGAGGACUCUGAUAAUCUUCCCAGUGAAAGUGAGGAUGACGAGGACAAGAAUGACGGUCAGAAGAAGGAUGAUAAAGGUAAGGGUAUCUCUUUUCCGGGACCUCGUAAGACUCAGAAUUUUAAGAAGAGUGGGGUGAGUUCGAGUUCUUCUAGUGGUGGUUAUAGCGUUACUGGCCCGAGGAGAGGUGGUGGUAGAUUUUCUAGUGGGCCUAGAUUUCAGAGGCAGAGGGAUUCUGGUGGUGCUGGUGGUUCUGGCGCUCCGUGGUGCCGCUGUUGUAACUUUCGUCACCAUGAUGAGUGUAGGAGAGGUGGUGGUGCUUGUUUUACUUGUGGACAAAUGGGACAUCGGGCUUCUCAGUGUCCCCAGGGUCAGCAGAGACCGCAACAGACCACUAUGCCACCUCCAGCGCCGAUUCAGCAGAACUUUGGACCAGGCGGUUAUGGCCAGUCAGGCCGUGGUGGUGCCUACCACUACCAGGGGGAUGCUGCUCCGUAUGCUCCCGAACCUUAUCAGUAUCCCCAUGAGCCUUAUCCUCAGGCAGGGUAUUCUCAGGACUUUGGAGGUUAUCAUUCUUAUUCGUCUAUGCCAGCUGGUGGAUCUUAGUGGCAUCAGGGAGGUCAGCCCCGUCAGGGGGAAGUUGCUACUGGUGGUGCAUGAUCAUCUAGGCAGCCUAGUCAGCCAGGCCAGGGACGUACUUCUCACAGCCCGUCCAGGAAUUUUAUUCAUCGAGGAUGUGAAAAGACGGAAUUACCCUUGACGGGUAUUAAGGUAUGUGUGUGUAUGAUAUAUUAUUUGGACUAAAUAUACAUUCCUAAACUUUUGGAGAAAAUAAUUUAAGUUGGAUUAAAUUGGAUUGUAUUUUGUGUGGUUAGGGAUUAAAAUUAGUAUGUAUGGUUUUGGUUGGACCACACACCCAGUCAACCCUUCUCUCUCUCUUCCCCGUGUUUCUCUCUCUUCCUCUCCGUUCAGUCUCUCUCUCCCUCGAACGUACGGACCAACACCAUAAAACCCUGAAACUUCAUGGAUCGAGGGUUUUGAAGGCACCAUCGUGCUUGUGAGGACUCUACGAACUCAACCAUACCAUUUUCAGCUUGUAGGAAGCUUAAGAGAGUCCUCACGAGUCUAGGAGUACUUCGUUGGAAAGAUUUGGAUGUCGGAGGACUUAGAACGACGAGUU